AUGUUUAAAGGGUCAACUUUUCUAAUAAUUGUGUCCCUGGGGUUAACCAAAAAGCAAGCAGACGCUCUACAUGAAACCUUGACGCUAUAUAAUGCUGAAGAUGUCUUUGUUAAGGAAAGUGGUGACAAGUCGUGCAAUUUCCUUUCUCCGCCAUUAAUAACCCAUAUCAUCACAUUAACUGUUGAUUUCAUCGAGUACAACCAAGCUUUAAAGUCAAUGAUACCAAUAACUACACCAGAUUGGAUCCAUGCAUGUAUAUCUGAGAACAAACUACAGUCAAGCAAACCUUAUAACCCGAAUCCUGCAUUUUUCAUGAAAAAAUGUUUUAUAUGUUGUGCUGAUAAUCUACCUCAUGGUGAUAAAGACCUUUUGUAUGAGACAAUAAAGGCGUUUGGUGGGAACUAUACGGAUGUCUUAACGAAAUACACUACCCACUUGAUUGCCAUGGAUAUGACCAACGAAAAAUCUCUACUUGCAGGCAGUCUCAUUCAAGACGAAACGUCCCGUGAUCCGGUAAAAGAUAUAAAGAUUGUCUAUCCUCACUGGAUCGAUCAUUGUAUUAGAAUGGGUCAACAGUUGGAUGAAACAAAGUAUUUGGUUCCUGAUACAGAUUUGAUUCAUAUUGACAAUGAUGAUGGUGAUGAAGGUGGCGAUGGAGAAAAUUUGGAUACACUCUUGAAUGAUUCCUUGCCUCUGGAUACUAAUAAUGACCCUUGCGAGUCAGUGGACUUCUUCAAUAGAAAACAAUUUUACAUUAGUUCCGAUUUCAAUUUGUCGCAACGUUUGUCUAAUGCUGUCAAGGCUCUAAUUGAGAAAUAUGGUGGGAUAAUCAAAAGUACAUUUGAUGAGGAUACAGAUAUAUACCUUGGGCGAUAUCGUAGUGGAGAGUCAUACAGAAAAAGUUGUCAAAAAAAUAGUAGGACCAUUGUUGCUAAUUUUCAAUGGUUUUACUCCAUCGUGAUAAACAAGUGUUGGGUACUGCCUUUAGAUUCAAAUAUACUUUACUAUCCAGUCCCCAUUGAGCCAAUACAAGGUUUCAAAAAUCUCAAUAUCUCGAUAACAAACUAUAGUGGUGAUGCGCGGGCAUAUUUGUCGAAAUUGAUAAUCUUGAUGGGCGGCUCUUUCACGAGAACUUUAACCAAGGACAACGAUUAUCUAGUCUGUGCCAAAGCUGAAGGUAAAAAGUAUGAAGCUGCAAAAGGAAGAUGGUUGAAUUCGUGGGGAGAAUGCGAUGUUAAAGUGGUGAAUCACUUGUGGUUAGAAGAUUGUUUUGUUAAAUGGGCCAAAUUGGACGAUCUGGAUGAAAGGUAUACAAAUUUUGGAAGCUCUGUGGGGAUGGAACCUUUAGUUGGUAGGGUUUUGUUGGAUAAAGAGGUACUAAAAGAACAACUAGAAAUUCAAAACCUCACAAAUGAAACAGGAAACAUCGAUGAUAGCAUGAGUGAGGAUGAGAGCACGCAAUCCAGAAGACUUCUACCUUCUUCUGUUAUGUCAAAUAUCAACAAAGAAAGUACUACUUCUCUUUCGAAAACCAAAAGUUCAACAACCACAUCUCACAAGAGUGGAGAUGAUAUGGUUAGCACAGUAUCAUCGCCACAAGCACCACCACCACCAAUGGAUGGAACUCCAAAUAAGUCUGAAGCAAUGCUGGAUUUGGUUUCUCCUCCCAAAACCCCAAAUGACUUUGCUGACCCUAUUUCUGGAUCUGGUAGAUACGGCGGGAGAUCUGCUGCGAAAAAAGCAGCAGCUAAAUUGCAUGAUAAUAUGAGUGACUUAAAUGCUUAUCAAGAAAUGUCCAAGAGUACAAGAAAAAUGAAACAUUAUAUGGACGAGUUGGAAAAAGCCACAAUGUCAAAGAAAAAGCAGUUGGAUGAUAACACGGGUACAGUUAAUGAAACAACGCCACCUGAGUCUAAGAAACAGCGUACUGAGGAAUACGAGAUUAUAGCCAUAUUAACGGGUUGUGAACUGAAUAUUGAAUUGUCGAGAAACAAUUGUGCGAAACUCCAGUCUGUUGGUAUUAAGAUUAUUAAUGAUUUGUCAAAACUCAAGCCAAACACAUUAAUAGCGCCAAAGAUUCUACGAACGGAAAAGUUUUUGAGAAGUUUGAGCACAGUCGAUAAAAUCAUUCACCCCUCAUUCAUUGUUGAUGUGUUGGCCAAUGUUGAAAACGAGAAUGUUUUGAAACAGUACAAAAUUCAAGAUUACUCGUUAGACAAAAUGAAUCCUACUGCGAACUCCGAUUUGGGAGUUACAGAUUUGCAGUCAUUGUUGAGCAACAAGACGUCUUCUCCAGGAUCACUAUUUGCCGAUAUAGAGUUAAAUCUAAGCAGCAAUUUGAACGGUGGAGUUGAGGUAAUCUCGAGGAUCUUGAAAGAUCACGGUCUAAAGAAUUUCAAAGAAAUUAAAGCGUCCUCAGUAAUACUGAAAAAGACUCCAGUUUUGAAGUGUCGUCUUGGUAAUACACCAACAACAAUCCUUAUUGCUAACAAGACAAAAGAUGUAAAGUUGAUAAAUAGUUUCAAGAAAUCAAUAGGUAAUAGUUUAGUUCUAGAUUGGGAUUGGUGUGUCAAAUCAAUAUUCGCGAUGCACCUACAAGAGGUUGAUGAUCAUAAAUUAUAG